CAUCGCCUCCUCUGCACGGAUUUAGGUGUAUCUAGAUUGUUUUGAGAGAAGAGCUGAAUGCUCUGCUUGCUUAACUCCAAAUGUCUAAGUUUUUAUUGGAACACAUAUUUGAAAAAAUGCCAAAGUUAGAGGACAGACACAGGCAGGACUUAAGGUCCAGUUGUUGAAUGCGUUAUCUGUUGCCCUUAACCAUUCAGGCAACUGUUAAAACAGGAUGCCAGAGAUGACUGAAACUAACACAACUGGUCGAAAACCCAAAAAGAAGAAAAACAAAGAAUCCCAUAAUGCAGUCGAGAGACACAGAAAAGAGAAAAUUAACGCUGGGAUUAAUCGCAUCGGGAAUCUUCUACCAUGUUCGCAGGCACUUAAACAGAGUAAGAACAUGAUAUUGGACCAAGCAUUUCACUACAUCACUGAGCUCCAGAAACAAAAUGAUACGUUGCUUCUGGAAGGUGGAGAUAAAGUCCAAGCGGAAGAGAUCCGACGGCUGCGGCGCCAGUUGAACGAUUUGAGAAUGGAGAGCGCUCACUACAUCGAGCUCCUGAAGGCUCAUGAUAUCAACUUUUUAGAGGACCCAACUGCUCACUGGAAGGGAAAGCACCGCUGUGCCAAAGUGGCUAAAGUUACACCUACCCAUCAGCCCCCAAAAAGCAUUGUUGUUUAUUCCAAUGGCAAUGUGAUUGGCCCUACAGGGAAACAGGCGAGCCCCGGAAAGAAGCCCUCUGAGAUAAAUCAUCCUUCCUCUGACACCGGAUUACAAGUUAACGGAGCUUUGCUGCAAGUUAAUACUACAUCUACCACGCCUUCACUUCUCCCAGGCUCAGCCGCUCAGUCUACAUCAGCUCUGAGGGUGUUGGAGCAGUGUGUGAUUGAAGCACCUGCUGUGGCCCCUUCUGUGUCUUACAUCACCCUACAGAUCCCUGCAGCCACCACAUCCCUGCUCCAACAAGCGCAGCCUGAUCCUCCACCUCAGACUGUUCCCUUGGUAGCUUCAGUCUCACAGCAUCCCACUGAAAGCAAUGUUCUGUCUGUGUCCACUCGCACUACAUCGACCCAAACUAUAACCUCAGAACCAUCUGGUAGUUGCUCUUUGGUGACAAAGGAGAGCACCAUCAGGACUGUUGGUUACACUGCCGUUCCUGCCAGUCAAACUGUUCUAAGAGCUGGAGCUGCAGGCAGCACACAGACCACCUGGACAACACUGCAGAUGGCAGGGAACACGGUGCAACCAGUUUGCCAGAGUCUCUCCGCUCCAGAGGUCAGCAGUACCACCCAGACGGUCCAGCAGUUUGCAGUUUGCCCUUUGGGCAGCAAACCCUCCGUUAAUCCUGUUCAAAUACAGCUGCAACCACAUGUGCCGGUACCACAGGCACCUAUUGCAACCCAUUUCCCAGCUAAUCCGUUCAAAAAUGCUCCUCAGCUACAACCCGCCGUUUUAAACCGGCCACAGCCUGUCUUGAACCCCCAACCUCAGUGUGCAGUUUUACCCCAGUCGGCCAUAGUGCCGCAGCCAGCUGUGUUGGCUCAUCCAGCUGUCAUGUCACAGGCCCAGCCUACGGUUCUGCAGCCUGCAUCACUGGUUCCUCGUCCUCCAACAGCUCUCAUCCCACAGCCUCAGCAAACCCUGGUACCCCAGCACCAAGCUGCUGUUCUGCCCCUCCUUCAGACCAUGCAGGUGCUGCAGGUCAACCCGGCCACUGCUGCAGCCUCGGGUGUAACAGCUCCUCAGAGCACAAACAAUCCAAGUGUUGUCAUCCUGCAGCAGGCCAGCGCCUGCCCCGCCCCGCAGGUUAUGAGAGAGGACAUUUCGAAUCCCACACCUUGUCAACAUAUAGUAAUCAUCCAAGCCCCCAGUCAGGCUGCGCCUGCUCCUCACAGCUCUCAGCUGAGUAUUGGAUCUUCUCCUCUCCCUGCUGUCACUUCUCAAACACCAACCACAACCAGUUCAGUGACUGUCCCUCCUUUACAAAGUGUGGGAGGAAAGCAGUUGGUACACAUCCUGCCUCGUCCCACCCAGCCUGAGGUAACCCAUCCCCUGCAGGUCAGCCAGGGAUCCUCCUCUACAGCAGUUUCCACAGCCCCACAAACAAUUAAUUUAAAUGGCCAGGUGUUUGCUCUAAAGCCAGUGAAAACCUCAGACAAAAGUGGCUCCCAGAUUGGUCAAAGCACCAUGCAACUGGUCCAACCCACCACCUCUGAGGAGCCUACUACUAAUGUGGCCCUCAACAGCUUAGGGGCCCUUAGUAGUCUGAACCAGAGCAUAUCUCAAGGCCUCCCUCUCUCUACCCAGAGCAGCUGUCAGCUUCCCCCCACAUCAUCCGUUGGUGUUAUAGCACCUGUAUCUGGAGCCACACCUGUACUACCUGCUCAGCAGCUACAGGCUCAGUCUGGUUUAGCCGCUGGUCCCUCAAAGCCUUUGGGAAAAAAGCCCCACACACCUGUAACCACAAAAAGAGCAGCAACUAAAAGGACUAAACCUGUCAAAAAGAAAGAGCCCAAAACUACACAGCUUGUUUUUCCUGCCAAAUCCACUGCUAAUGCUGCUAGUGCUGGAGGAGAGAGCCAGACAGUUCAAAAUACGGCAUCUCAAAUUUUACAGUCUUCAACAACCAUUCAGCCAACAUGCACCACAUCCGCUCGGUCCCAACAUGCUCCAAGCUGCGUUACAUCUAGUCAGAACACACUGCAAACUAUUGUGUGCACUUCAUCCAGCAGCACCUCUGUGUUUAGUCCGAUGAAGGAUAAAAGCUCUGUCUGUGGAUCCCGGAGUGAAUCAGCUACACCUGAGGUCGUCAGUGAAGCUGCCAUUAAGCCAUCUAGUGGUUCAAAUGAGACUAAAGGGACUUCAGUUCCUGUCAGUAGCGGCCCUGCAACCAAACCUUUGGUGUCCGAGGUUAAACAGUUAACUGUUAGUACCACUGCUAUCACAGUGCAAAGCGGGGCGUCGGCCAUCGUUUCUGUUUCUAAACAAAAUAAAUCCAUAGUCACCUCUACGGCUGCCACAGACACUCGGGUAACAUCUGCUGCUGAUUCUGGUCCACCCUUGCCUCCGGUCUGCAUCCAGACCACUGCAUCAGCAUCUCCAAAUAAAAAUACCAACUCAGUCCAACCUGCUGUUCCCCACAAAUCUAAGUUCCAGGAUCAAACAUCUUCCACUAAGCCAGAGUCUCAUCCCAGUAUUUCUCCAUCCCCCACAUCUGUACUUCCAUCACCCACUCCCACUGAGUCAGUUCCAGAGAGCUCUGUCACAGUCUCUACACCCACUGUCGAAAUCAAGAAAAAGGCGACUACAUCUAAAGCUCCUCCACAGCAGACUGAAGUGAGCAUGCCUCAGCCUUCCUUGUCUCAUCCUGUAGAAGCCAAGCCACCUCAGACAGCGAGGCUUGACCGGCCUGCAGGGGAGGAGAGGCCUUCCCCAGCGGCAAGAAAUGAGGGCUUAGUGCGGGUAACGUCUGAAGCUCCCUUAAAAAAGGACUCUACAGUGUCUCAACAGGUUUACACCAACCUGGAUGAGCAAGCAGUGGAGCAGAACAUGACAUCCAACCGCCAGGCUGAUUCUCCAAUGACCACAGGCGGAGCUGGUGGCAGAGGAUUCUCUGUAGCAUCAAUGCUUCCUCAAGGCCAAAGCAUGGGUGCAUCAUCAGGCUCCUUCGGAUCAUUUGCGUUCACAUCUGAGCAGGCAGAGAUGCUCGCCUUGGCGAUGUUGGAGCAAGAGAGCCCCGAGAGAAAAAGCGGAGGUUGCUCGGGGGACAACAGCUCUUCAGCUACAUGGGACUCCCCCAAAACUCCACCAGUAUCCGCCAGCAGAGAAAGAGCCUCAACAGGGCAGCAAGCUAAAAUCUCCAAACUGAUGGACCCCAGUGCAGGUAAACUCGUAGAGGCGUCCGUCAGUGGGCCAAACAGACAGCAGCAAAAUACAGCUUACUCAAAAUCCCAAGCUCUCCCACCAGGACAGUCUCAGAGUACAACCCAAAGUGGGACGGCUCCUAGCCUCAGCGUUAACAACCUGAUCAGACCCAGCAGCUCCAGCCACCAAGCCUAUCCCAGCUCCCCGAGUCUGACCGCCCAGCAAGGGUCGGUUCCUUCUCCAGCUGGGACUUCUACUCAUAUUUCUCAACCGCCAAACAACGCCAUCUCCCCCUGUUCAGGCUCUGCCCAAGUAGAGUACAACACCUUGAAACCGACUUCAAUAAGAAAUCCAUCUGGAAAUGUCGUAGGUGAGAGACAUGUUAAGAUCAUCUCCAAAAGACAGGCUCAAGAGGAAGUGAUGUUGCACACAGGGAAACGCCCUAAACCGUGCCCCCCGACGGGCAACGCGGGGGGUCAUAUGGAUGUGAAAGCACCAGACCACAGUCAGAUGAUGGUGGGACAGCUGCCCCCCACCUCUGCAGCUGUAAUGACCAGGAUUAAUCCAGAAAGUGGAGGCCCUCUCUUCUCCACCAACUCCUUCAUGAGCUUGGUAGUGCGCCCCACAGAUGGUCACUGCUCCACUCAAGGGCCUCCUGAGCAGAACCAGGCAGGUGGGAUUCAUCUGUCACAGGGUCACCCACAGCACGCUGUUAGCCAGCCCAGUCAGCAUCUGGGAGGAAAUCUGUACAUGAAACAGCAGCAGCAGCAGCAACAAGAGCAGCAGAGGCACCAUCUGUAUCACCUGCAGCACCACCUUACUCAAUCUGACCCUGCACAACGCCACUCGAUACACCAGAGGGCACUGCAGGAGCAACAGCAGCAUGUUCAGAAGAAGCGAGGUAUCGUCAGAGGGAAUCAAACCGGAUCCCCCGCUGGCCUGCAGCAGAAGCAGCAUCACCUGGAAAAGACAGGUCUUCAUCAGCAUCCCCAUCAGCAGCAGUCACAGCACCCACAGCAGUCACACCAACAGUCCCAGCAGCAGCACCAACAGCAAACACAGCACCAUCAACAACAGCAGGCCCACCAGCAGCCUCCACCUACCCAGCAUCAGCUUCAGCAGCAGCAGCAGAACUCCCAUCCCAGACAUCCUCAGCAUUUACAGCAGCAGAUCCAACAGCAGCACUUUAGGCAUCAGGAGAAGACAUGUGAGGCCCAAUCAGUGGGCUCCAGGGGCCACCACAACAGCCACUUGGCCCAGCAGGACCACCUCAAGCCUGGUCAGGACCAUAAUGCAAUGCAGAGGAUGAUGAGCUCCAGAAGCUUGGAGCAGCAGCUCAUCUCUCCUACCGCCAACGCAGUGUCUCGUUCAUCCGAGAUGGCAUGUGCACCGUCUCGCCAGGAGCGGCACCGUGUAUCAAACUACUCUGCAGAGGCUCUCAUCGGAAAAAGCUCCACUAGUAGCGAACAACAGCAACGCAUGGCUCUCCUCCUUCAGCCUGGACGUGGCGCCACCCAGGAGCAAACAGACCUCCGUAACUACCUGGAUACAUCACGAGGGAAGGCCGGUAUUACACACAAUGCUCAGAACCGCCUCUCAACGGACCAUUCUUCUUCAGGGGAUCAGCGAAUCUCUGAGUGUCAGUCGUUCAAGGCCAUGGGGGGAGGAGGUGGAGCCCACCAGCUCAGCGGUUUUGAGGCUCAGGUGUCUCGUGGGAGUGACAUGGCCCCCAAGUCGGUGCCUCCCUCUCAGCGUGGUCCGCAGGGGCAGCAGCAGGGAGGAUUUAGGAUGAGUGUUGGCCCCAGUGCGGACGUAAGAAAUCGUGGAAACUACAGCGGCCCCCAUCCUGGCUCUCAGGGGGUACAGGUUGGCCCUGUGCUGCCUCGAGAGCAGGACGGCUGCCACCAGAGUUUCAUGCAGAGCCUCCUUUCCCCCCACCUUCCUGAGCAGAGCAACCAUCAGCGAGCGGUUCAGUGCUGCCCCCCUGUCAGCAUGGAGUACAGCUGUGUGACUGGAAGCUCCACAGGAGACAUCCAGGCCAAGGCCUCCAGUCCCAGCGUGCCUCAGUCUCAGAAGGUUCCAGCUAUGCGACUUGCAGAGGCCAACAAGGGCCACAUUUCUCAGGUCACUAGUAAUAUGCAUGCAGGGCCAGGUGUUCGAGCAGGUCUCCCCCACCCUCCAACCCCACAUAGCAGCUCAGAACCUGGACGCUCAUCCGCCAUCUCCAGACCCCCCACUGCUGUCAGCCAGCAUUCCCGACACAUUCCCAGAGAUGCUCAUCCUGCCAAACUGAGACCCAGCGACAGGCCUCGAUCCGGAGCCCUGCGACCCGCCAACCCUUUUGAAGCUGAGGGCCACUUACCUUUGCCUUCAGGGGGAGGGGUGCUGCUGGGCCGACCUCAGUCUGGAGGAGAGAACCGCCGCAGCACCAUUGUGCGCUUCAUGUCAGACAGCGGACAGGUACCCAGUGAGAAUAACAUUGUCGCUGACCAACACCUUGCACAGAACUUUGGGUUUCCCUUUAUUCCAGAGGGAGGUAUGAAUCCUCCUCCCCCCAUCAAUGCUAACUCCACAUUCAUCCCUCCGGUGAGCCAACAAAGCACCUCCCGCACACCGUCCCUCCUCCCAGUGGAGCCUCAGAACACCUUACCCUCAUUUUACCCUUCUUACUCCCCAGCAGCUCACCCAAGCCUCUCCAGUGAUGUCACCCUCCAGUACUUUCCCAACCAAAUGUUUACAAGCCCGAGCGCGGACAAAGCCAGCGCCCCCCCUCUCAACAACAGAUUCGGCUCCAUCCUCUCCCCGCCACGUCCUGUGGGGUUCGCUCAGGCCAGCUUCCCUCUGCUUCCAGAUAUGCCUCCCAUAGCAUCAUCUGGAAUCACCCCCCACAUCUCUGACUUCAGGCUCACCUCGCUGUUCCCUGAAAUCGCUACCGGCAUGCCAACAGACGGCUCAGCCAUGCCCAUGUCCCCCCUGCUGUCUCUCACCAACACGUCGUCCGCUGACUCUAGCAAGCAACCCAACCGCCCUGCCCACAACAUCAGUCACAUCCUGGGUCAUGAUGGCAGCUCGGCCGUGUGAAUGGUUGCAGCCGGAAUGACGGUUGUUUAGAAACAAACCAUUACGUUUUCUGCUUGAAAUGUGUAUCAAAGGUAAAGCACUUGAUGUGAGGGGAUACGUUUACAUGUCCACUUUAUUUCAGUUUAACAUCUUCUUUGUGACAUAUUUAAUAUCAAAUUAAUCAUUAAAAAAGUUCCUAAGGCUUUCUAAUUUGUGUGGAAAUGUAUGCCCUUCAAUCUCCUUUUUGAAAUGUAAACUGGUUCUGAAGAAAAUUUUGUUUUUUGAUUGUUUUUUGUUGUGUUUUUGGUCAAAAGGAAACCUUCUGCACAGUUACUAAUUUAAUUUACUAACUUAUCAGGUUUUACUGUACAAAUGUUUUCCAAGAGCUAUUUUGUAAAUACUAUUUCAUAUCAAAGUUGCUACAUUAUGUAUUUGUAAGUACAAAAUUGAUAAAUAAAGUUUAUAAUGA